AUAACUUUACUGAAGCUUACUAUCAGAAUAUAGUAUUUGAAAAAUUGAAAAGAAUAGAAGCUGGGUUUAAUUUUAAAUUUGUUAAGAGUAGAAGAAAAAUAUUUUUUUAGACUAAAUGGAUUGCAAGUAUAUGAUAAUUGUAAAAUAAAAGAAUUUAUUCAUUCAUACAACAGGGAAUGGUUCUCAUGAAAACCCUAUGAGCAUGUAAAUAUGGUAUUAAAACUAGCGUUAAUUUGUCAACUCUGUCUUUAGAUGUGACAAGUUAACCAGUAAAACCAAGAAAUUAAAUUUAUCUUCAUAUGUCAGAGAAUUUUUUUGAUGCAUAAGGUGAAAAAAAGACAAUUUGUGUACCACCUUUGGUGUUGACUUUUUGCUUGAUGGAGUUUAAAACAAAAUAAAGUUCGGAACAAGUUUCAAGGACCUGUCAUAAUGCCUGGAGGUUAAUAUGUGUCAAAUUACUGAAAUGGACAUCACAGUAUGGAAAUGUGAACUAAACUUUGUCAGUUUUAAUAUUGCCUUGAAAUAUUAAUAAAUCAAUGCAAAAUUAUACUAUUUAUUCCCCAAUUAUGGAUAUUUUUUGCAUCGGUUGAUAAUUAGUGAAUAUAACUUAUUUGAAGAGCAGCCGAACUACACCAGUGUUAGAUCCUCAUUAGAAUAUGUUGAAGAGCUAUAGUUAUAAGAGGUUAAAGAAACUGGAGAACAAUUAUUUAAUAGAUGCCAUGACGGUAGUUGUACAGCAUUUCAGGAUAGAAAUUUCAUACUGAUUAUCUUUAAGUGAUAAAAAAAAAACCAUAACAUAUUGUAUUCAUAUCUGACAAGUUAGACAUUUUAAAUUUUACUGCGUAACAUAUGAUUAGACAAUUUAAAAAAAAAUGACUAUGGAUUUGAAAAAAAUGGAUAAACAUUUCAGGAAUUAGUCAAUUUUUUCCUGUAUACAAGUUUGUGACAUCUUAAAAUGCUAUUUGACAUGGAAUGUCGGACAUCUAUAGAUCAUAGUUUGGUACUCUCACCUUACAGAUUAUUAGAUAAGUUAUUAGUAGUGUGUCCUAAUGUAGAUUACUGUGAAGAAGUUUUACCCAGAUCUGAUUUAGAAGCUCAUUUACUGCAUAGAUGUCGUGGUGCUGUUACAAGGUGCAUUAAGUCCAGUCUAGGUUGUACAUUUCAAGGACCCAGGAGUGCCCUACAGAGCCAUCUGUGGGAAUGCCAGUUUAGGGAUCAGGAUGGGGGAAAAAAUCCUGUUUUAGAGGGUGAAGUGUCAACUAUAGAAAUCCAAAGAUCUCAAGCUGAUCUAGGCAUCAGUAUUGUUGGAGGUUGUGAUACUCCAUUAGUGUGUAUAGUUAUACAAGAAGUCUUUCCAGAAGGUGUGGUAGCAAAAGAUGGCAGAUUGAAGCCAGGAGACCAAAUAUUAGAGGUAAAUGGUGAAGAUCUGACUCAGGCUACACAUUACCAGGCCCAGCAAGCUUUAUCACAUUAUUAUCCUGUCUGUAGGGUGACUGUCUAUAGAGAGAAGGCAGAGGAAAACAGACCUAUAGAAAAAGAAGAAAUAUUAAAGAUAACUCUGACCAAAGAGAAAGGAAAACAGCUUGGUAUAAAACUUGUUGGAAAGAGGAAUGGUACAGGAGUGUAUAUUCUUAAUCUAGUCCCAGAUAGUUUAGCAGCACAAGAUGGUCGGUUAACACCAGACGAUAGAGUUUUAGAGAUUAAUGGUAAAGAUGUGUCGUAUGGUUCUCAGGAAGAAGCUGCUCAAGUCAUACAGAUAUGUGAAGAUAAAGUGCAAUUUGUGAUAUCAAGACGGAGUCGUCCACAGACACCAGAUCUGAUACGUUCUACCUCAUGUGAAAGUUCUGCCAGUACAGCUAAUUCUGAUUUUAGACCUGAAAAGUUCUUACACUGUCAUUCGUGUAGAGAAAAACUUGUUACUGUCACAAAGGAUCCAACAGAAACUUUAGGUAUAAGUGUAGCAGGAGGGUUAAACAGUCCUAGAGGUGAUACACCUAUUUAUGUAACAAAUAUAAAUCCUAAUGGUUGUAUGGGCAGAUCUAAACAGGUCAAGAAAGGAGACAUACUUCUGUCUAUAAAUGGAGUUAGCUUAUUAGCCUUGACUCAUAAUGAGGCUGUAACCCAGGUCAAGGCCAAUGCAGAGUCUAAAGUAGUUUGUAUUAAAAUUAUUGAAGGUCCAGAGACAUCAAAUGGCCCUGGAAACUUCACACCAACAUGGUUAUUUUGGCAGCAAAUGCCAAGAAACUGUCAGAACAUAAAGACGGUAACGUUGUUACGUAGUCCAAGUGGAAGUCUCGGAUUUUCGGUAGUUGGAGGAUGUGACAGUGAAAUAGUAACGUCAUAUACACUUCCUGUUUAUAUUAAGUCAGUUGUUUUAGAUACACCCGCUUAUAAAGAUGGGCGUUUGAAAUGUGGUGAUAUUAUGCUUAGUGUUAAUGAACAUAGUUUACAUAAUGUUACACAUUCAAAAGCAGUAGAACUACUCAAGAUGGCUGAUGGUGCUGUGACCUUGACAGUUGUUUCAUGGCCGGGGACAAUUGUAUGAAGGUCAUUGUUAUUGAUACUGUUGACAAUCAUGUGAUCAUUGGCUUUACUGAAGCAUUUAGCUGGAUAUGGAAGCAUUUAUCGAUAGUAGGGUGACAUAAUUCAUGCUCAAAUGCAUUAUGGAGCUGAACAAUGGUAAAUCUAAGAAAUCACUGACAUUAUAUUACUUUGAGGUGCCACCUGAAAUUCUUCCAAUGUGCUGUAGUUACAUGCAUCUUUUUAACGCAUAGAAAAGCAUUGAAAAUAUGUAAAAUUGUGAUAUAUCCUGAGAUGUUUGACUAAUGAUGCAUGGAAAGUUAUGUUCAUUGUGAUUUAAGGGCCAUUGGGGGAGACCCCCAUUUUGGAGUCCUAAAUUGUUGCAUUAUAUUUUAAGUCAUCUCAUUUAUCAGGUUGUGCUCUCACUUACAGGUGCAAUUUAUCAUGAACCUUUAUAUUUAUGAUGUAUGCCAGUACCAAAUGUAGAAAAUGUUUAUUCAAACAGAGCAAAAGUAAUUAUAUGAACACAGUAAGUUUUGGACGACCUAACUUCCAAAUUGAUAUUGUUGGUAUAUUUCAUUAUGUUCAGUUGAAAGAAAUUAUUAUGCUAAGUAAUUUACUUUCAUAGAUCUCUAUUCAUUAAAGAUUUUUAAAGUGAAGAAUUGAAGGAAAAUAUAAUCAUGUACCAAUUUGUCUGUCAGUUAUAUCAAUUUUCAUCAAUUCUUUUUGAUUUAUUUCUUUUCGAUAAGAAGUUUUGAAAUUCUGAAAUGUUUGUUCCAGACGAAUAAAUUGUAUUGAAUUAGCAAGUUUGUUUUACAUUUUUUGGCAUUUGAUUUACUAAUUGUGGUUGAAGAUUUGUGUAAUGGAUUCUUUUGAUUUAACAGUUUUGAAUUGUUCAAGCAAGAAGCAGAUACUGUGGAUUCAUUUAUUUUCGUGGGUACCAAUUUUCGUGGAUUAAGGAAAACUUACAUGUUCGUUGAUAUUUAAUUUCGUGGUUUUGACGAAGUCUGCAUACAAGCCUAUAGAAAAUUUGUUAUUCGUUGAACAUUUCGUAGUUCACCUGUACCCACGAAAUCCACGAAAAUUGGUAUCCAACGAAUAAUAAUGAAUCCACAGUAGAUGAUAAUUAUCUUUUUCCUUUUAAUGUUUUGCUGACAAAGUGUUCAUAUAAUUACUUUAAAUCUUAAUCAAAUUUCAGAUUUUUCUCAACCUAUAUAUCUUAUAAUGUAAUUAUUUAGUGUCUGGUUGAUAGUCCAGUAUCUUUGGAAAAAAAGCAUUUUUAAUCAUGUUAAUAAUACAGUUCGAACUUUACAAUAAGUCGCAUAUAACUUACACAUACACAAUAUUAGCUAGUCUCAUAAAGAUGUGGCAUUUAUUAUUUAUUUAUUUUGCUCUCAUAUUGGCAUUAUUGAAACCUAUAUGUAACUUGACUUUUACAGAUUGAUGUAUUAUGGUAACAAUGUAUUUUGAGUAACGCAACCACAAAAAAAACCCAAAGGUAUUUUGAGUAACACAACCACAAAAAAAACCAAUGUAUUUUGAGUAACACAACCACAAAAAAAAAAAACCCAGGUAUUUUGAGUAACACAACCACAAAUAAAAACCCCAGGUAUUUUGAGUAACACAACCACAAAUUGUUACCUUUGCCUACUCAAGCAGUAACAAAGGUAAAACCUAAUGGUCAAAAUAAAAUGAAAUUUAUAAUGUAUUUUUAAAAGUUAAGCUCAAAUCUAAGAUCAAAUUUUUGUUUCAGUAACUUCAGUAUUUAGGCUAUAUUAGUAAUUUGAUUGUGCAUAUACUAUGAGGGAUCUUCCAUUUAAAGGUACAUGGGACCCAAGGAAGGUAUUUCCAAAUCACAAGUAUAAGUUGGUUACGAACACUUAUUUGUACAGUGAAAAUGAAUGUUCCUCUUAAGAUUGAUGUGCUGUUUUUAAAGUACCUUACCAGGUUAUGAUAUAUUUGUUUUAAAGGUACAUUCUCAAAAUGAAAAACAACUUAAUUAUAACCCCACUCUAGAAAUUGGGCAAUAAUGUGAACACCUUGUCUGUCUGUCUAUUUGUCUAACAUAUAAUUUCUUUACAUUUUUCACAAGAACUACCGAAAAGAAUGACAUAAUAUUUCGUCAGCCCAUGUUCUACCUGUAUGACACCUAAUUCCUGUUUGCCAAUUCCUGUUUUGCUAAGGCCCUUGAUAAAAGAAGCAUUUGUCAUGUUAAAUGCUGUAUCAUGUACUAAUAGUGUUUCAAGUUUGGAAAACAUAUCUGGAUAAGGGUAAAGGCAAAGAAAAUUGUACAGUUGGGUGAUUUUCCAAUUUUGUUUAAAGUGUUGAUUGCUGAACAAAGUGGCAUAACUCUGACCUAAAAAGGUAAUACUGUAUGUUUUUUCUACAAUGAUUGUGCACUUUUUUUUAUAUGUAACUCAAAGAAAGAUUGAAACAAUUAUGAAAAAAAAUGCAUUUUUAAUAUUCCAAAUUUCUGUAAAGGAAGAGCAUAAAACAGUUUGGAUAGUCAUUUGGUAUUUUUGAUGCAGAUAGCUAGUUAUUAACACUCUUUUGAAAUUGAUGUUGGAAUGCCUAUAUGCUUAGUGUUUUCAAAUAUUUUCUUCAUAUUUUUCUCAGGAACUACUGAACAGAAUGACUUCAUAUUUGGUCAGUUAGCUUAACAGUGAUGAGUUGUAACGUGUGAGUGCUUUUCUGUCUGACAUCUGCUUCAUGUUUUCUGAUACUUUGAAAAACAAGUGAAGGUAUGAUAAGCACGACAAUGCAUGCAACUUGUUUUCUAUUGUGGCUGAAGAUCUGUGUAAUUAAAGCUUUCUUGCUGUACAUAUUUGAAAGUAUGAUGCAGUAUGACAGUUUGUGAAUAAAUAAAGUGAUAUUCCCAUAUCAUUGAUCAAUGCAAAAUCCCAGUUUGCCAAUUGUUUAUUGUUUCACUGUGGGAUAGUUGUUAACAAGGAAACUGCAUUUUUUUGUAUGAGCAUUUUGACUUUUGCAGCAGCAGAAAAUGAUAAGAUUUACUUUAAAAAAUAUGUUAAUUAAUUAUGUUUUUUAUCCUGUAUCUAGCUGAUUAAAAAGAAUGCAGACAUGAACUAUUAUUGAGCAAAUGAAAGAUUAUAGUUUGGUGCAAAUGAAAAAUGGUUUGUGGCUCAAAUUAAGGAUUUUUUUAACUCAAAUUUAAAGGGUAAGAUUUCAUCAUAUCUGAAAGUAAUUUCCUUGAGAUAACAGUAUUACAUAGUGUGUUUGUUUUAUUCAUAUUUGAUGAAUGUUAGAUAUGUGUGUAUUUUAUGUAGUUUAUAGAACAGUUAAUUACAUUCCAAAUACAAUGUUAAUUUUUAGCAUUCAUUCCAAUUUUACAAAUGAUAUAUUUUUAAUCUUUUAGGAGAUGAUAGUUUUAAAAAUAAUACUACACAAGUGUCGUAAGCAUUUUAUUUCAUUGUUUUAAAGGGUACUAAAUCUGUGAUCUCAACUAAUUAUUUUAUUUUGGUGCUUAUAUUGUUAAGUGAUACUUAAAUAGAAAAAAAAGUACAAUGAACUUGAAUCAACCAUUAUAGUGGUCAUACAGAACCCAAAUCAACUGUUUAAUUGGUUCACUUACACCAGUCAACGUUUUCUUGGUCUUCUCUUUCUCUACAGUAUAGCCUAUCUUUUCCUCAUUUGUAAUGAAAUAUAUCUAAAAUUUAGUUAAAUUGAUUUAAAAUAUAUAUUUUUUGCCAAACUGUUAUUUAUCUUAUUACAUAAAAAAAUCACAUUAUUCUUUUUUUUUUUUUAUUAUUUGUAUAUUUCUCUGAUAUCUUUUGUCACAACAUCUUAAUUUUCUUCUUUUUUUCCACAAUAUAAAAAAGUACCACAUGAAAGAACUGUAAAAAGUAUUAAUUGUCAUGGUGAUCUUUGUUUUGCUCUUUCCAAGGUACAUACAAAUAUUGAAAACAAGUACCCUUGAAAAGGUGCAUUGUAUUCAGUAAAAUACAUAUUAUUAUGACAAAAUAUGAAAACUUAAUAACACAAAUAUUAAUUAUGAUUACAAUAUUCAAGUUUUUAUCUUAUGCAUAUGAGGAUAGAAAAUGAUAUAUCAUGUACAAAAAUUCAUAGAGUUUUACAGUACAUUUAUUUUUAAGUAAUAUUCUCAUUUUCAAACUUUAAGAUUUGUUAAUUUGAAAUAAGAAAAUUUAAUGGUGAAAAAUUGGGGGGAAAAACCAAUUUAAGUGAAAUAACACAGCAUUUGUUUCUAUAUGUAUUAAGUAAUGUUAAUGUUUCAUUAAAGGAUUUAUGAACAAUUGAAUACUCACUAUUCCAAAUUGGAAUUGUAAAUAUUUUGCACAUAGAUCUGUUACAUUUUUGUGUAGAAUUCUGAAAUAAAUUUAUUCAUAUUAAUUGAAUAUGAUUAUACCAGAGCAUUAUUUUUGAAAAGGUCCUAUGUAUUUUUUUACAGAAAUUUACAUAGUUAUAGAGUAAAAACUAUUAAGAAAAUGAAAGUGUUAAACAUCAAUUUUUUUAAUUUUUUUUACACACCACCAAAAAAAUGAUUUUGUAUUUUGUUUUACAUAGUAAAUAGUUAUUUUUAUCCAGUCACCUAAUCAGAUAUAGUGAGGCUUUGUUUGUUUCGUUUGUUUCAUCAACCCUGGAUAUGAUUAGCUAUAUUUAAAUAGCUAAAUUUUAUACUGAUUCUAAAUUCAUACAUGUAUACAAUGUAAGUAACAGCCAACCUAUGAUUAGUUGUACACAAGAGUUGUAAUUUAUAAACAUUAUCUGCUAAAUAUGUGUCUUCCUAAUAGAGUCUCAUUCUGGGAGACUUUCUCAUGGUUCUCAUCACAUCAAAGGUCAUAUGUUUACUGAAUUAACAAAACACUUACAAGAAAGAUGAUAUUAAGCUUGUUCUAUAUUUGAUAUAAAGAAAUAUCAUAUCAUUUAUACAAUAGAAAAUGUACUCCAGGUUUUUAAGAAUAAGAAAAUAAUUUGAUAGAAUAAACAUGCUUAUAUUGGAGAUAUGAGUUAUUGUGAGAAAGCUUAGUUAAAAUUUCAAUAUAAACAAAAAAAUGUACAGUUGCAUUGUAAAAUCUCAUCAUCUUCAUGUAUUGUUUUAAGUCCAUGCUUAUUACCCAAGACAUGCAAUGACCUCUUUUUUAAGUAUACUGAGUUUUGUUUCAACAGUUUCUGUCUUUCAUAAAAAAUUGUUUUAUUUUAUGUUUUUAAAAUAUCUCCGUAGUUAUAUUUAUGAAACAGUCAAAAAGUUAUCAAUUGAACCCUUAGAUUCUAGAAAUUGAUUUCCAAUUACAUUGUAUAAAGACAUAUUUUGUUGCUUUCUCCGUUUUUCUGAAAAGAGAUUAUAGGGAUCACAGAUUUUAAUUUUUUUCGUCAUUAGAUUUUAGUUGAUGAUCCAAAUUUAUUAUUGCUGAACAUUUUAACAACUUUGUCCCAGAUUUUCUAGUUCUAAUUAUUUUUUUAUUUCAAAUGAAAGUUUAUUUUCUCCUAGGUUAUCCAGCUAUUUGUGUAUUUUGUCAUAGAUUUUCUAGAUCUAUCUAUUUCCUGUUUGAAAUGAAACUUUAUUUUUAUUAGUGUGUGAUCUGGCCAGCUCUUGGGUAUGCAGCAAUAUCAGUUUAUCCAUUUUAGCACUAUAAAAGGGUUGUUAUUUAUUCGAAGUCAUUUUACUGAAUAAUAUGAUUUUGAAUUCAAUAAGAAAUGUGUGCUAUCACAAUAAUAUGUACAAGGUACUGAUCUCAUUUAUAAACUUGCUUUGUAUGCAUUUUCAUCACAGUAAAAAAUAAAAUUAAAUUAUUGUUUUUAA